CGCGAAACGAAGACCUGACCUGUUUUUUGUGUGACGGAAAUCGAGUAAUCCAUAUUCAGUGUUCGAUAUCACAGAGUGGCUCCUACGAUACGUAACUUUCUCACCAAAAGAUACUUUCAAGUUGCUCUGUCAUUAAAGAUUAAUACUCAUUGCAUCGGCUUAAAAUUCACAAAGACUGCAUAAUGACGGAAUUACGGGAUCGGAGCGCUGAAACAAACUUAUUUAAUAAUUCCAGUAACAAAGAUGAACUCCCGCCAAAGAAUCCAGACACGGUCUCCCGAGUAAGCGAUGUUGAAUUGAAACGACAGGUGGGCCUCAUGAGUGGCAUUGCGCUCAUCGUGGGAACCAUGAUCGGAUCGGGUAUUUUCGUUUCGCCCAAAGGUGUGCUACGACAGACAGAAAGUGUCGGGAUGAGCUUGAUAAUAUGGUUAGCGUGCGGUGUACUUUCAAUGCUAGGAGCUGUAUCAUAUGCAGAACUUGGCACGUUUAUUCCCAAAUCCGGAGCAGAGUACGCUUAUCUUUUUGAAGGAUUUGGGGGCAUCCCAGCUUUUCUUUUUGCCUGGAUAUCUGUUGUGAUCUUAAGACCCGCUAGUGUCGCAGCGAUUGCGCUUACGUUUGGUAACUACGCUGCACAACCCUUCUUUCCCUACGGCUGUGAAAUCCCCGACAUUGUAAUCAAACUGCUUGCUGGAUCGUGUAUUCUAAUCAUAGCGUGGGCGAAUUGUUACAGUGUGCGGUUAGCCACGUCGGUGCAGAAUGUAUUUACGGUAGCCAAGCUAUUAGCAAUUGCUAUCAUAAUCAUGACUGGGUUCGUCAGGCUUGGCCAAGGCCAUACUGAAUAUUUAAAUAGAAGUUUUGAGGGAUCAUCAACAAAUGGAUUUGCAUAUGCAAUAGCUUUUUAUCAGGGACUAUGGGCAUAUGAUGGAUGGAACAAUCUCAACUACGUAACAGAAGAAAUCAAAAAUCCAUACAGGAAUUUACCGCUGUCCAUUAUGAUUGGUAUUCCCUUGGUAACACUUUGUUAUUUACUUGUAAAUAUCUCGUACUUCACUGUCAUGUCGCCAGAUGAGUUACUUGCUUCUAGUGCUGUUGCCGUGACAUUAGCUGAUCGUACAUUAGGAGUAAUGGCAUGGAUCAUGCCUGUAUUUGUUGCCUUGUCAACAUUUGGAGCUGCCAAUGGGACUUUAUUCACUUCGGGAAGAUUGACGUUUGUUGCCGCUCGUGAAGGUCACAUGGUUGAAGUGCUUUCCAUGGUACAUGUCAAAAGACUAACACCGUUUCCAGCUGUAGCUUUCACGUCUUUUCUUUCAAUUUUGAUGAUUAUUCCAAGUAACUUCGACCAACUGGUAAAUUACUUCAGUUUUACUGCAUGGCUGUUUUACGGUGGCACGAUGUUAGCGCUCAUUGUCAUGAGAUUUACCAAAAAAGAUGUCAAAAGGCCGAUCAAGGUGCCGAUAAUCAUCCCCAUCAUUGUGUUUCUGGCUUCCAUCUAUCUGGUAAUAGCGCCGAUUAUUGAUGAACCAGCUCUGGAGUAUCUUUAUGCAACUAUCUUCAUUUUCGCAGGUCUCAUUUUUUACAUCCCAUUUGUCUAUUACAAGUAUAUACCACCUUUUAUGCGUAAAUUCACAAUCUUCUUCCAGUUGUUGUUGGAAAUUGCACCAACCAAAACCAUGCCAAUCGGCUAAGUACCAAUAAAUUAUUGUACAUACCUACUCAGCAUUAGAAAUUGGCAUUACUAGUGAACCUUGACCCUAAUCAGGAAAGUAGAAAGCAGAGUUUCAUGAAC